AGAAGAGGAAAUGCAGUCUAUGUGCGACUCUUGAAAAGUGCAUUCGAGUUACUCGCCGAGCUCAUCUGCAGCUUGACGAUGCCCAACUACACAGUGACUAUCGCCACUGGCACUCAGUGGUUUGCUGGAACAGAUGACUACAUUUACCUGACCCUGGUGGGAUCUGAGGGAUGCAGUGAGAGAACCCUCCUGGAUAAACCCCUCUAUAAUGACUUUGAGAGAGGAGCGGUGGACUCAUAUGACAUCAGUGUCGGAGAGGACCUGGGUGAAAUUGAGCUGUUGAAAAUCGAAAAGAAGAAAUACUGGGUGCACGAUGACUGGUACUGCAAAUAUGUCACGGUGAAGACACCCUAUGGAGAUUACGUUGAGUUUCCCUGCUUUCGCUGGUUAGUUGAUGACAAGGAGGUGGUCCUCCGAGAUGGCAGGGCUCGAUUGCCACAGCAUGACAAGACCGGAUUGGCGAAACAACACAGGCACAAAGAACUAGAACAGAGACAGAAGACAUACAGAUGGAAGGAGUGGCAUCCUGGCUUCCCUAUGAGUAUAGAUGCCAAAGCCCAUUGUGAGCUUCCACGAGACAUUCAGUUUGACAGCGAGAAAGGAGUGGACUUUGUGCUCAACUACAGCAAAGCGAUCGAGAAUCUUUACGUAAACCAGUUCAUGCACAUGUUCCAGUCCUCAUGGGGAGAUUUUGCAGACUUUGAGCGUAUAUUCAUGAGAAUUAAGAACACAAUAUCAGAGUAUGUGAUGCAGCAUUGGAAGGAAGAUUUCAUGUUUGGAUACCAGUUCUUGAAUGGCUGUAACCCAGUGGUCAUCAGGAAAUGCACAGAAAUUCCCGCCAAGUUUCCAGUCACACAAAAGAUUCUGGAGAACAGUCUGGAGAGAGGUCUCACGCUGGAAGAAGAGCUCAAGGAAGGAAACAUCUUUAUUGCUGACUAUGAGUUAUUAGAUGGUGUUACUGCCAAUGCUACGGACCCAUGCACUCUUCAAUACUUGGCUGCACCCAUCUGUCUUCUGUAUAAGAACAUUCAGAACAAAAUCAUGCCAAUUGCCAUCCAGCUGGAUCAGACACCAGGAGAGGAUAAUCCCAUCUUCCUUCCAACUGAUGAUGAGUAUGACUGGUUGAUGGCCAAGAUCUGGGUGAGAUCUUCAGACUUCCACAUACACCAGACAGUCACACAUCUUCUCAGGACACAUCUGAUAUCUGAGGUCUUUGGCAUAGCCAUGUUCAGACAACUGCCGGCAGUUCAUCCUGUUUUUAAGUUGCUGGUACCACACAUCCGUUUUACAAUUGCCAUUAACACCAAGGCUCGUGAGCAGCUAAUCUGUGAGUGUGGACUUUUUGACAAGGCUAAUGGGACAGGUGGAGGUGGCCACGUAGAAAUGGUCCAGAGGUCCAUGAAAACCUUCACAUACAAGUCCUUGUGUUUCCCAGAAGCCAUAAAAGAACGAGGCAUGGACAGCCAGGAGGAACUGCCCUACUACUUCUACAGAGAUGAUGGCUGCGGGGUCUGGGAGGCUGUGACAAGUUUUGUGACAGAUGUAGUGAACAUCUACUAUGACAAAGAUGAGACAGUUCAGGGUGAUGAAGAGAUCCAGGCAUUUGUGAAAGAUGUUUGCAGUUUUGGAAUGCAAGAUUUUGACCAAUGUGAGUUUCCCAAGAGUUUACAAACCAAAGAGCAGCUAGUGGAGUAUCUAACUAUCGUCAUGUUCACUGCUUCUGCACAACAUGCCGCAGUAAACUUCGGCCAGUUUGACUGGUGUUCAUGGAUUCCAAAUUCCCCCCCAACCAUGCGAAAACCUCCUCCUACAAAGAAGGGCGAGGUGGAUAUGAAGUACAUAGUGGAGAGUCUGCCUGAUCGAGGACGCUCCUGCUGGCAUCUGGGCGCUGUGUGGGCCCUCAGUCAGUUUCAAGAAAAUGAGCUGUUUCUAGGUAUGUAUCCAGAUGAACACUUCAUCGAGAAACCUGUGAAAGAGGCGAUGGUGAAAUUCCGCAAGAAACUUGGAGAAGUGACCAAAGCCGUCAAGAGCCGAAAUGAGGGGAAGAAGCUGCCUUACUACUAUCUGUCUCCAGAAAGAAUCCCAAACAGUGUGGCUGUGUGAUUCACCAGUCACACAGAACCAUGCAGACGUGUCAUGCUAGUAGUAAAAAGUGUUUUAUCAGAGUGUUUUAUGGGAUUUAAAAAAAAAGAAGAAACAUUUUUAUAUAUAUAUCAAGGUCGCUAUGUGUAAUGUAAGAGAAGUUUCGUAAUAAUAAGAAAAUAUGCAUUAACAAAGUUGUAGCCAGAAUUGAUUUUAUCUUAAUGUCAGCCAUUUGCUAUGUUUUUUGGGGUUUUUUUUACGGUUUAUUUUACCCAUAUGCAUAUUUAAGCAACAUUUUCUUCAUUCUUGAUCAUCACAGGGGGAACUUCUUGAGUUUAAAACAGCUUGUUUGUUUGAAAAUUGUGUGUAACAGAUUAAGGUAACACUUUAUUUUAGUGUCAUUGUUAUAUAUGUUACA